CGAUAGAGGGGCAUCUGUUCAAUUUAGGUAUGUUGGUUUUGGAAUUUUUUUAUUUCAUUGUGGGAUAAGGACAACCAACCCAUCCAAGUUCACCUUGAUCCUGACUGCUAUGUUCCUGAGCUAAUGGACCCAGAGACACUUGAUAAUGUAUCAAGAGUCUUCCAAAUAAAGUAUACCAGGAUGGAUGAGGACUCAUCAGCUGAUGCGAUUGUUCUAUCUGGGUCUGAACCAUCGGAUGAUCAGUUUUCAUCAGAUGGUGAUGAAGACAAUGAUCAAGCUGGGGCACUGGUAGGGGAUAAUCCACAUAAUCCGAUAGAUUUGUCUAGUGGCAGCAGUUUAUCAUUGGAAGUCGAUGAACACAUUAACGCGUCAAAUGAAUUGGCUGAUCCUAGAUAUGCUCCAGAGGUUUCUUAUGAAAAGAAGAUCACAGCUUCGGAUCUCGAACAAUCUAGAUUGUAUUUGGCUUCAAAAUUUGCUGUGUAUCUUAAACCAUCUGGAGAUGGUUCGAUUUGGACGAUCACCGGUCCAGAUUCCAAUGUAGAGAAGAAUGUGUUCUUCUUUCACUUACUGAAUAGUGGAGGAAGAUGUGGAGAAUGGAAAUUUGGGGUUGGGUGGAGUGAAUGUUGUAGAAUAUACAAUUUAAAGGAGGGUGAUAGCAUUACUUUCAAACUCAGCUCGAUAGCUAACCGCCAGAUAGAGUUAUCGAUUCAGCGACGUUAGGCCUCCUAUGUAUAACUCUAUUUGAUGGAUAUUUUGAAUUAUAUGUUAACUUGUCUUGGACAUAUUUUAUUUUUUGUUUAAUGAACAAAUUUAUAUAUGUUGUAUAUAUUUUGUUUUGCUAUCAGUAAGUAUCUUGACGUUAUGUGUUCUUAAGAUAAUACGUAAUAGUAAACUACAUCUCUGUUGGACUUAUUUUUUCUGUUUUUUUU